UAACUUAUGUUCAUACAUAUACUUCUCAUCAAAAAAUCAAAUCGAGGUAAGGUCCCCAACAAGCUGGCAACAUUGCCUCUCUGAAUUGCCAGACUUACUCUUUGACAAAAAAUAACUUAACUACAUUUUAUAUUUGAAUUUGGAAACGCUCAACAUAUACGGCAACGUUGCACAACAGCGCGCGACGUUGCCAGCUGAAGCGCAACAUGUAGCUCGGCUUGUUGUUUGUUUAGAGCAUGGUAUAAGAAAACCAGGUAUGCUCAAAAGUGACAGCUAACAUUUCAAGGUUAGCCCAGCUGACGUCACCCCACCCUGCGUUGCCAUUUUGUAAAAAAUAAAUUACCCACGACCAAUGUUUUUAAUUUACUUUGCAAAGAAAUUUUGAACUUUUAGUAAAAUAUUUAUAAUAUGUGACAAGUAUUAGUAAUUAGUCAGUAAUUCUCUUAAUUCUCAAUAGUAAAAUUUACGUCUUUAGAAUGUUGGAGAUACCAAUUUAAUGGUAACACUUACGUCAUCGAUGGGCUAGCAAUGGCGGCUUGUCAUAGGAUUGAGCAUACCUGUUUUUUUUAUACCAUGGGCUUGUUGUUUGUUUGGAGAGCAUCGUUAGUUGAGCAUCAAUUGUUGUCAAGUGGAGACUUGACGCGCAACAACACUAGAUCCUCUAGCGAAACUCGCGAAGUGUUUCGAUUCUUUUGAUGAGAAGUUUAGUGCACUGAACUAAUAUCAUUUAUAACAUCUGGCACCACGGAUCAUGAGCCCUGGGGGCGUUAAAAAGGCCACAUCGCAGCAAAUCAUCUAAAAAGCAAAAUUAUAUAAAAGUGCUACGUCACCAAAUGUCAAAUAGCAAUAUUGCUUUUUAGAUUAAUUGCUUCAAUGUGGCCUUUGAACCCUCUGAUAACACUUUCUCAAAUACCGCAUCGCCUUGAUAUAUUCUGUAAAUUGUUUGCUCUGUUUUACUUAGGCCAUCCAUCUCGCUUGUACAAACAUAGAAAUAAACACUUGUCAUCAUAUAAAUAACUCGUAGUUGAUUUGGGAAAUACACAAAUGAUAAAUCUAGGUACACAUUAGCAGGCACGUCACUCACGUUAAGAUAAAAUGAACUGUGAUAUUGUUUUACUUUUAGUCCAUUUUAGAAGCAAAUUGGUUCUGAUUUCAGUACACACCAUCUAAUUUUAUUUUAAGUAUACCUGUCAUAUUCUUAUCCACCUAAAAAGAAAAGGACAGGUAAUCGACAGGCAUAAAAUUUAUGGAACACAUGUCAAUUUUAAGCAGAAGUUUAAAAACCUUUCCAAAAUUGUAUAUAGGACAAUUACGCAAUGGAAUUAAGUUGACAGCACACGUCAAACGGAUUACAUAUGAGCCGGGUUAUUCAUUCAUUUUAAAAUUAACAGUUGUUAAUUAUCCGUCCCUUUCCUUUUCGGCGAAUAAGAAAAUGACAGGUAUAACUUAAAAUAAUAUUCGGAGGUGCCUGCAGGAAUCGGUGCCAUUGCCCAAAUAUUUACUUUUUUUUCAGAUCUAAACGGAUUAUUAUUAUCUGAAUUUAUCAAAAUUAUCUUUCCGUCCCCUUUCGCCAAAGGCCCCUGACGUGACUCAAGUAACGACUACGUACUUACAUCAGUAAGUAGUAACCGGGACCAACGACUUAACGUGCCUUCCCAAGCACGGAUCGUCUUACUUCUGGUUAAUUAGGUGAUCAGACUGCAAUGUCCUAACCAAGCUAGGGACCACAAAGUAAUUAGUCCCCACCGGGAUUCGAACCCGGGACCUCCGGAUCGUGAGCAGAACGCUCACCCACUGGACCACGGAGGCCGUUAUUUAUCUGCUAUCAAUACAUUACGUCGCAUUUACAUUUUUCCCUAUCACAGUUGCAUACAACAUGAGUCACUGCGCAUCAAUCCAGAAAAUAUAAUAUUUACAUAAUGACGCGUGUGUGUUACAAAGAAUUGACAAAGCGGAGUAGUGUAGUUAGUUCGUGGAAGUCUAAAUCUAGUUCGCUUCUACGAGUAUAUGAUUUAUUGCUAUUUAUUUAUUCGUUUUCCAAUUUUGUUUUCUGUGUGUGCUUGCUACGUGUGAGGUUUCUCUUGUUGGUGUUUUGUGGAGUGAUCGACUCAGCAUGUGGUCUACUAACACUACACAUCGGGGACCGUAUACUGGAGAUCAACGGGUCGCCAGUCAAGAACAGAACAUUGGACGAGAUCGAGAGGACUCUCGCUAGGCCUGAUGCAGUCAUACAGCUAACAAUAGAACACAACUCAGAGACAGCGAACAACAACACGCUAACGAAGCGCACUCCCUGCACCCCAGACGAAGACCGACCUAAUAACAACAUUAAUAAUACCCCGAAACUGGACUCCAAAUCUCCUGUCGAAAGGAAGAUACUUAAAGAAGAGAAGAGACACAUUCCUAACAAGCAUUCCGAGGACGCAGACAUUCCUAAAGAAGAAGACAGAGAGAGAGUGAAGAAGGAGAGAUUGUUCAAGAGGAAGGGAGACGAAGGGGUGAAGGUGAGGGUCAUCAAGAGGAGGCAGACGCCGUCGUCGCCGCUCUUGGGGGACAAAGAGAGGAGUAGCAGCAUGUCUAAACUGUUGGAUGUGGUGGACGGCGAGGAGCCGAGCGGCGUGCUGUGUGACCUGAGUCGCGCGCGCUCGUUCCGCGCCGAGCCUGCGCCCGGGCAGAAGGUGUUUCGAGCCUGCGAUCUAUUACAGGGUGAGCUGCUGGGGUCGGGGUUCUUCGGGCAGGUGUACAAGGUGACGCACCGCGAGACCGGGGAGGUGAUGGUGCUCAAACAGCUGUACAGGGUAGACGAGGACGCCCAGCGGAACUUUAUCAAGGAGGUGGCGGUGCUGCGGUCGUUGAAGCAUCCUAACGUGUUGAGGUUCAUCGGCGUGCUCUACAAGGACAAGAGGCUCCACCUCGUUACCGAGUACGUGGCCGGCGGGACCUUGCACCAGCUUCUACAGGAGUCGUGCACCCCGCUGAGCGUGUGGCGGCGCGCGCAGCUGGCGCGGGACGUGGCCCGCGGGCUGGGCUACCUGCACCGCAUGAACGUCAUCCACCGGGACCUCAACUCCCACAACUGCCUCGUGCGCGAGGACCUGACGGUGAUAGUGGCGGACUUCGGUCUGGCGCGCAUCGUGCAGCGCACGGCCAGCAACACGCUGGAGCGCCCGCGGAACGCGCACUCCACGCUGCGCAGGAAGCGGUACACGGUGGUAGGCAACCCGUACUGGAUGGCGCCGGAGAUGAUGAACGGCAACGUGUAUGAUGAGAAGGUGGACGUAUUCUCCUUCGGAAUCAUACUCUGCGAGAUCAUCGGUCGCGUGUCAGCGGACCCGGACUUCCUCCCGCGGCGCGCGGACUUCGGCCUGAACGAGUCUGUAUUCGUGGACAAGUUCUGUUCCAACUGCCCCGAGCCCUUCUACAGGGUGGCCUUCCUCGCCUGCCACCUCGACCCCGACAGGCGACCACCAUUCGAAGUACUGGAAAUAUGGCUAGAGAGCCUAGUGAUGCACCUGUCCAACCCGGGCCCGCUGCCGCCCAACCUGCUAGCAGACAUACUCCAAUACGCUCACGGGGCCACCGAGAAGGGCCACGCUACACCUGAAUGUUGCCAACAUCAAGACAACAAUAUAUUCUGCGCCAGUGACACGGCAGGAGAGUGUUGCCUGUGUAAAAAAUGUGGUAGCUGUGAGAAGCUGAGGCGGUCGCCCAGUAGGGUGGCCAGUGUUGAGCUGAACUUACCCGAAGGUGGUGUUAUAAAGUCGAAGUCCAACGCGAUGAUAGACACCCGGCUGUCCCCGGGACGCGCGCUGGGCAAGUGUGUGUCGGCGUCGGCCAUAUCGGUGUCGCGGCCCGUGGUUACCCUCACCAACCUGAGCCGCAGCCAACACGCGCUCACACCUGGGUUCAUACUCAGACAGGAUGGAUACAACAUCAAUAUUACUAAGGUGGACGACAUAACAGAGUGGCUGGAGCCGCCACCGCCCUUGAAGCGCACCAGCCCGGACGCGAACCUCAACACCAUAGCAACCGAGCCGACAUUCAAGACGCGCAAGGUUGACGACCAGCCUGACAACCUGCCGUCAUUCCUGCGCAACCAAUCCGUCGAGGGUCUUGAGAGUAAGUACAAACACGAAGCAGACGCCCCGCUCCCCAUCUGCAGACAUUUUAGUAUCCCCGAUCAUUGCGACACGGAGCCCCAGGAUGAUGACAGCAACUCCUCAGACGAUGACCUCAUAGACAUGUGCAACUGGUACAAAAACGUCAGCUCAUUCAGGAAGCUAGCGCCCAACGAACCACCCAAGAAUCAAGGCGUGAUAGCUGGCAUCGUCAAAAAAGGCGAAAACCUACUCGCUAAGAAAUCUAGCUACGAUGUCGCCGAUGUGACUCUCAGAAACUCUGAUUGUAUGAAGACCGAAAGGAAGAUCCCCGAAGUGGAUGUGCGAAGGUUCAAUAUAGACUAUUUGACCAAGAGCCCCAUUAUGGCGGAAGGCGUCAAAAACAUUCCAAAGACAUUCGAAGUACAAAACAAACCGACUGAAAAGACGAAUUUCUUUACCAAAAAGUUGCUCUCUCCCAAACUGAGUCGGCUUUUCAAACCGAACACGACAGAAGUAGUGAGGAACAAGCCAGAAAUUGAUGAGAAUAAGGAGGAAAAACUAGAAAAAUCUCGAAGCAAAUUCUUUAUACAGCGGCCGGCGUCGCCGAGCAACAUCUGUCGGUCCUCGUACAAAAUCAGACCUAUGGAUGACAGCGACAGAAAAUUACACACGAAUAAACCGGAAAGUAACUUGUUAAAAAGUGACUUGAAGCUGGCUAGCAUGGGGAAGCCUAUGACGCCGAUAUUCCGGAGACACAACCCUAAUGAAAGGCCGGACUUCGCCGACGGGAGAUUUAGCUAUAGAGACAGAAGGCCCAAGUACGAAGUGAAGGCAAAUCAGGAGCCGAAAUUCGUGGACGUGGGGCGUAACAGGAUUAAGGCUCCGAUAAAUUCCAUUGAAAAGACUAAACUGGCUCCGUUGAUCAGGAGCAGUCAGUCGAACAACAUUCCUGCGCUGGCCACCGUCCCAGAGAAGAAGUUGAAUGUUGAAGCAAGUAUACUUAAGAGACGGGAGCCGGGGAUAUCUCGGAGCAACUACGUUAGUUUGGCAAACUUAAAGAUUAAUAGUAAGAAGGAUCUGGAGAAGACAGUUGAUAAGUCGAGGGACGCAAUGAGUGAUACGUCGCCGGUAGAACGAGUUAUAUAAUGCACCGCGAACAGUGGUUGACUACACGCAACUUUAUAGUACUUAUAUUUUUCUUCUUUAGACUUAUUGUAAAAUACUUGUUAAAUAAAUUCGCCAGUUUUCUACAAUAUUUAUAUAUCGUCCAUUAUUAAAGUAUCAGCUUUCUUAAUAGCUUUUAUAGACAAUUUUAUAGUCAAUUUUGUAUGAAGAGUAGAAUGAAAUAUUGUUAGUCAACCACUGCACGGUUUGCCCAUCUAAGGCCGCGUUAAGGGAAAUGCGACACGUCACGCGGCGUUGUGCGAGGGGCGUCACCUAUGCCGCGACGCCCGCGGCGUCACCCGCCAAAUGUGACGAUACAAUUCAAAGAAACGCCUGCAAAAACGCUUCUCCGUCAACGCUCAGUACAUCGUCAUAUGCAUGGUAUAAGAAGACCAGGUAUGCUCAAUCCUAUGACAAGCCGCCAUUGCUAGCCCAUUGAUGACGUAAGUGUUACCGUUAAAUGGGUAUCUCCAACAUUCCAAGGACGUAAAUUUCAUUAUUGAAAAUUAAGCGAAUUACUGACUAAUGUAUUUAAUUACUAUUACUUGUCAAAAAAUAUUAAAACUGUAAGCAAAUCUUUACUAAAAGUUCAAAAUUUCCUUGCAAAUUAAAUAUAAAAACAUUGGUUGUAGGUAAUUUAUAUAUUACGAAAUGGCAAUACAGGUUGGGAUGCCGUUAGCUGGGCUAACCUUGAAAUGUUAGCUGUCAGUUUUGAGCAUACCUGUUAGCUUAGCACCGUAAGCACGCGACUUUUUCUCGCCGCGACAGAGAUCAUCUGUCUCUUUCUGUGCAUUACUGUGCGAGAGUGACGGGUGACGUAUGUCGAGGCGAGAAAGAGUUGCACGCUUAGGGUGCAAAGCUCGCUGGUUUUCUCAUACCAUGGUCAUAUGUUUGUUUUUCCGGCAGCCCGUGUCGUCUAGAGGACGCGCCGCGUGUCCCUGAACGCGGCCUAAGUAUACUCUUGCCAUGUUAUAAACAUUAUGAUAUAGUUGAUAUACAAUUGUUGAGUUGUUACAAGUACUUAUAGAUGAUAUCAAAGCUAUGGAAUAGCAGGAUGAAGUUACAUUCGAAUCGCUUUUACAGAUGCGCAAUCAUUCAUUCCUUUAUAACAUUAUAUUAUUUGAUUAACGGUUUUUUUAAUGACAAAGAAUUUUAUGUUGAAUUUAUCGCAUCUAAAUAGACUUUUUAUAAAGUUAUUUUUUUACUAAUUAUGAUACAUUUAGGGCCGUAAGGGUUUGUUAAAAUCUCGGUCCGUUCUGAAAAUAUUAUAGUAGAAUAAUAUUAUCAAUUUUAAUUCAUUAAAGCAAGUCUUGACUACGGGCUUAUACGUAUUAAUUCCAUAAUGUUGAUAUGCAACACAUUGAAGUUGUAGUUUGUAUACGUUAUUAUAGUUUGGGUGCUUGUAUUUGAGGUGUUGUAGGUUUGCGGUGCCUUCGUACGAGACUGCAGUAGCUUGUCAAUUUGUACGCUCCAACAAGGGGGCAUGGGUUUCGAGAUUUGACCAAUAGACGCAGCGAACCUAUCUACGUGGAUAAAUGUCGUACGGCUAUUGGUCGAAGCCCACGAUAUAACACGCGAUAUAAGCGGUACCCGUGCCGCGGGCGCUGAUCUUUGAUACAGUAUACAUAUGUUACUUUAAUUAGUAUACACCUUUUGUAAUGUUGAUCGUUAACGAGUAGUUGUGAUUUUGAUAUAAUAGAUGGCGCUAGUGCGACGUGAGGUCUAUCGUAUUUAAUUUAGGUACUUUGAUUUUGAUCACUGUACAAAUAAAAAAAAAUAGAAAAAUACGUACAAUGGGAGAUCCUUGAAGAUUCAAUAUUCUUAUACGUUAUUGAAUAUUGAAGUUACGACGUUCAGCAACUACGCACUAUUAUGUUUUUUCCUGUACAUAAAGGUUGUCUGGAAGAAAUUGCUGCAUGAGCAAUAAGGCCCCCUUUUGUGCCUUUCUGUGUCUGUUGUCAUUAUUUUUGUAUCUUGUGUCCAUUGUGCUCAAUAAAGUAUUUUGUCUAUCAACGCAAUAGAUAAUCGUAGUCGAGUGUCUGAAUAGUAUUAAAUAAAGCACUUGCCAUUUGUACAGUCAUGAGCAAUAUCAUGUACCCACUUUAGAACCCUGUCGCACUAUCAUAUUUGACAUUUAAUAAGACUUAAGGGUUAAUUCGUCAAAAAAGUUAAUGUGACAUGGUUUCAAAGUGUAUACAUAUUAGUACACAAGAACAGUCCGAUUUAAACUGUGCCAUUGUCAUGUGUGGAUUGUUAUCGGAUCCAUAUGUGAUUUUUAUUUAAUAAAUAAUUAUUAUACAGCAAUGUUUUGUCCAGGCGUCAUGUCGUGCUAUUGGUCAAAAUUUUCAUUUGAUCGAUAAUCAAUAAUUAAUGAUAAUCGUCGAUCAUCACCUUUUUCAUUACUAGUUCCUUGUCAAAUGAGAUACUUUUUUCGAAACGUCAAAAUGACAGUUUUCUUUGGAGUUUGUAUGGAAUACUGUCCUGUGACGUCAUCGUUAAAAGCUGUCAAACGUCGCACUCAUUGUUACUUAAUUCAUAAAUAUAAAUCGAAAAUUAGUCGAAAAGUAAAAUGAGAUUGAUCAUCUUAGACUGUUUCCUAUUUCUAGAUUUGCAUUUUAUAAUUUAUCUUUCUAUUAGCACGAAAGAUAGGCGGUGAAGGAAAACAUGGUGAGGUAACCCACAUUCCCAAGAAAUGCAAUUUCGGAGGUAUGUGACCUAACCUGUAUUGAGCUGGUUUUCCUUUCGCGGGUUGGAAGGUCAGACAGGCAGUCGCUUCUGUAAAAACCGGACCUGUCAAAUCUUCAGGUUAGGUAAGCGGACCCUGUGAAAAACGGGAUAAUGCUAGGGUGAUGAUGAUGAUAUUUCUAUUAGCACGACAUCUCGGCCCACAUUGUUACCUAAGAAUUAUAUUUCCAAAUUAUUUUUAUUCGAAUCUAUAAUCCUCUAUCAUAGACCUAAGUGUACCAUUAAGGUUUUGGACAAUAUUUUUUUAACUUUAUUAAUUUAUUAACAUUUAGCUUGUAGCAUUAAGUUUAUCGUUUAUAAGUCUGAAUCUUUGUUUUAUGACACAGGGUGCCAUUUUAUACGUACAUUAUAUUAUAUUUUCGAUAAUAUAUUACGAUAAAGUAAUCGGUAUCCAUUUAUAGGUUUUAUGUUUACGAAUUAUUGAUAAUUAUUGUUAAUUUCGAAUCUGAAAGUAAUCUCUGAAUAUGUUUAGCUUUGUGCUCAUGGUUUUACCUUAAUCUGUGAUACAUUUUGUUUGUAAAAUGUUGCAAUAAAUAAAAAAGUAUUAUAAGUGUCUACUUUAGAUAUCAAAAGUACGGACGGUAUAUUUAGUUGGCAUAGAGUGGAAUAUUUUAACAUAUUAACAGCAAUAACAACGAUUGUCUCCGUCUUUGCAUUCCAUGCGUAUUACUUUUGUAUUUGUUUACCAAGUACAAAUUAAUAAAGGAAUAUAUUAUUCAAUACUAUAUAA